CUGCCUUCCGGCGCAGAGGUGGGUUCGGUUGAGCUAGUUUGUUUGUGUGCGAGGCAGACGGGGGCCGAGAAGAGGGGGGGCCCCGAGUCGGAGCCGCCUCAGGUACCCACAGGAGGGCGGGGGGGCGAGAGACUCGGGCCUUGCCGGUUGUCCGGGUUACCUGAGCGAGUGUCCUCGCCGAGUGGAGCGUGGUUGCCGGAGGUUCCCUCGGAGAGGUGGUUGCCUGGCUACCCCCGGGGGGUGGGGUGGGGAGAAGUCGGGCCCUUCGGGUGGGAAGGGGUGGCGAAGUGCCUCACAGGCGCCUGGGCCUGUGCUGAGGGAACGGGGAAGAGGCCGAGUGGAGGAUCCCUGGCGUGGGGGGGGGGGGCGGAGGGGGGCUUGGUCGGGGGGGGGGACAGGGCUGCCCUCUCCCUCCCCCCCUCCUUUGGCCACGAAGGGUGGGCGACCCGUCCCGCUGAGUCUGCGAAGGCAUGGAGGACCCACAUGAGAUGGGGGGUGGAGGCGGAAGGGCCUUGGCACCCUGGGCAGUCGGAUGGCGAGGCGCGCUUGCUUCACUCUGGGGGCUGGCGACAGGGUGAGGAUCUCCAGAGGCCAUCAGGGGGUGUAUGUGUGGGGAGGGGGGGGGAGGAACAUCUUGUCCCCCAAUAAUGUGCUUUUAAUGUCUCUUCUUUAUUAUUGAAUGUAGGUGGUGUUAUAGGGAUUCUCAAGCAUGGAAUAAAUGUUGGUGGCUAGCCAUGGCUGAGGUAUUUAGACAGGCUCCUUUUUGAAACGUGGAAGCAAAGGUGGUUGCUCGGGUGAAAAGUGUAGGCUUUGCAAUGCCAAAGGUCCAGGGUUCAGUCCCUGCCCUCUCCCGAGUAACCCCUGGGAGCCACCGCUAGUCAUUGUCGAGGCAGAUGGUCCAGUGGUGUGACUCUGUGUAAAUCGGCUUCUUGUUUCCCUGUGUGGUGGAGCAGAGCCUAGAUGGGCCCGGCCUGUGGUAGGAAGUCAAGGGGGCACUGGCUGAUACUUGGGGUGCAUUUAAUAGCCUUUGUGUGUAUUACUGUGUCUUCUGUAAAUUCGAUACUGUGGCUACCCUUGCAUUGAAAGUAUUGGCAGGGCUUACUUUACAAGUCUUUAUUUUGAUGGCGAUAGUUUAAGAAACAUUGGCCGCUGCAACAUAGGCUGCACGCUUCCAUGGUCUCUCACUUUUAUUCUUGAAAUCUCGAGCUGGUUACACUGCUGUGGGGUGCCCAUAUCAAAGUCUCCAAGCCUGUUUCUUGUAUUAUGAAGGUGGUACUUUUGUAGCACCACCACCUUGUGAAAUUGCAGCUGCCCUAGUUUUUGCUGGUUGUCAUGUGACCUGAGUACAGUUGCUUGACCUGUUGAAGCUGCUAUCCUUAGUCCAUCAUGUUUUGUCAGUGCUGGAGCAUUUCUGCCUUCCCAUAGUACCUUGGUUUCCUUUUUUUUCUCCCUUGGGCUCCUUAAUCCAGAAUUUCUUUCUUCAGUGUAGUCACCUGGGAGAGGCAAAGUUAUUUGAUUAUUGUUGCUUUUCAAAGCAAAGCCACCUAUUGUGUGAUUAGCAUCCACAGGGAGUCUUUGAUUCUGUUUAAAUUCAGGGUUCUAGUUAGGCAUGUGUGAUGCUUCUACUAAUCCUUGUAAUUAUCCCCUGGAUAUUCAGGAGAUGGGCACAUUAGGGAUUCAUAGAUAUUUCUCUACUGUAAGGGGUUUAUAAUCGCUUCUUACAGCUUGACUUUAUUAAAAAUGUAUUGGGGUAGGCAAACUGCCCAGAGAACAGAAUGAAACAAAAAUAGGUUCCUUGUUGAUGCAGUAUGAAAAGUAGAGAGAGCUAGUUGGAAGUACGCUAAUGUGUCCUCAACCCAUAAGGCUUAAUGGGGGUCUAUAAUAUGGUGGAAAUUUGCAGGUGUUUAAGCUGAAAUUGUAAAAACAAAGUCAUGUGCUCAGCACCUUUAGAUAAAGUGAUUGACUACUUUCACAUGUGACAUUAUAUACUGAUUAUUUAAGAACUAGCACCCAUGGCAUGUUUUCCAUAGGAUUCUUUGAUAUUAUUAAUAGUAUUUCGAUGUUGUUGAUCUCAUAUUGCUAGUGUUGUUAUUAGUGCUAUGUUUCGUCCCUCCUUCCCUGGUUUUUGUCUUAGCAGUAAUUUAGAUUUGCUUCCAAUGUGUGAAUAUAGGUACAGUACUUAUAUUAUUUCCAUGUUUUGUAACGGCCAUUGUGCUGCAGACAAAUAAAAUUGAUCACAUCACAUGUGUGGAAUCUGAUAUUGGAUCAUUUGUAGGGCUGUAAAGAAAAGGAAGGAUGUGAAUCAUGAAAGUUAGAUUGCAGAGAGUUAUGAGGUCAUCCAGUGUGGGCUUGUCCUAGAGUUUCUUCUUCAGUCUGCAGUAUGUCAAGUGAUAAGCCUUCUAUUGUUUACUGAUGGGACAGUUUCUACUGAAUCUCUGAAAGAAGUUACCUCUUCCUACUGUUUUUCUUGAUCAGUGUAUCACAACUUUGCUUGUUAGAAGACAACUUAGUAACAUUAAAAUACGUUCACAACGGGAUCACCGUAUAUGUUCAAUGACUUUGGAGUUGGCAUCGGUUAAGUAUCAUACCUGGUUUGAGAGAUCUUUUUCAAGAGAGCAAUACUUCUGUACUUGUAGCACUAUACCCCAAAUGAGUAAGACUUGAUUACUGAUUAUAAUCAAAAACAAAGAGUGGUUCAUAACAGUAGUCUAAUGGGAAUAAGCUUCCAAAAUCUUGAUGAAAAUUAUCAAAAUUACUUGUAGUAACAAAUUGCUAUUUUUAUUGGAAGUUGCAUAUUGUAGCAAUUCACAAGCUUACUGGCUUUUGCCAGUACUAUGGGUUCGAUCUAACAUUAAUCAUACUUUGACUGGACCUAUUGAAACGGACAUGAGUAACUUAAGUCCAUUAAUUUCAAUGUGUAUGCUCUUAGCAAAACAAAGUUGGAUACAACCCUGUAUAUCUGAACAACUUUAACCAUUCUAGCUGCACCCUUUCCCUCCACUACAAGUGUUAUGAGAAGAACAUAUUUGGAUGCUUAUGCUCCGUACUUGCACUCACUUUCUCAACAGGGAAGUUGCACCCCUGAAUGUUCAGUUUCUUUUUUGCAAAGUAGCAUUAGCAUCUGCCCUACUUUUGCUUACUACCAUCCAUAACUGUACACUGCUACAAAAAGUAACUUCUGGGCUUCUUUUCUGGUGGAUAUAGCAGUUCAAGGAAUGUUUGCAUCAUCUGUUUUCUAGAAAAUCCCCCAACACUGGUUUGACAUUGUGACUUAACAACUUGCCACACAUCUCCUUCCCACUAUAUAAAAGGGUUGUGAACUCCUGUGGUCUUAAACAUGGAAUAGUUAGGAGACCAGAAAGUAUAUGAGAAAACUAGAAGGAUUUCCCUUUUCAUCUUGGAAAAAUACCUGCUCUCCUAAUUGCAUUGAUUAGCUUGGUAAGUUGAGUGUAACAUAGAUUUGUGUUCUGCUUUGAACUCAUUUGGUGGAAGAGUGGUAUAUAAGCAAAAAUAGCAAAUCAGCAAAUAAACACUGAAGGCAAAAAGGAAUCUCAAGAGCUGUUGUUUAAAGCAAAAAUACCGAGACAAGGUAUGUGUUAAUCAAGGAACAAGGGGAGUGUUGGCUUCAUUUCCUACUUCGGAGCUUUCUAGGAGUGUUUGGCUGUCUGAAUUUUGGAACAGAAUGCAGGUUGACCUUUGAUCCAAUUGCACAGUUUUUGUGACCACUAUAUUUGCUAAUAUAGGCAUGUGUAGUUUCUCUGGCUGUUUGACACAUAUUAAACAGCUAUGCCUUUAAUCUGUCUGAAAAAUGCAAAUGGACAUUAGGUUUUCAUUAGUAACAAAUGGAGAGCUCCCUGAAACUCCCAACUAAAUGUUUUGAAGCAUCUAGUUCUUCUUAGAUCUUGGUGAAGAAAAAUCAUUUAUGUUGUUCCUUUCUUGUGUUCUCAUCUGCCAUUUAUUUGGGAGGUUGGAACACUACAAAAAAAUUGCUGGGGUAUUCCAACUCUUUUCUAAACUAUGGUUAAACCUGACCACAAAAUGGGCCAUCCAAAAACUAAGGAUAUAGUAUUGCUUCCAAAAUAUUCUCAGGCCAUGACUUUGAGCUUCAUGUGGAGGGAGUUCCAAAAAUAUAGAGUAGUUUUCUGUUUUGUGUCCUUGACAUUGAUUCAGUCAUGGAAAACACAUCAUACUGUUAACAGGUGUUAUCCUUGAUUAAGAUUGCAGUGGGACAUAGGGAAAGAGAUCUGAAAGGUAUGUAGGGCCUAAGUUGCUUAGGGCUUUAUCAGAACUAGUACAGUGGUACCUUGGGUUACAUACGCUUCAGGUUACAUACGCUUCAGGUUACAGACUCCGCUAACCCAGAAAUAGUACCUCGGGUUAAGAACUUUGCUUCAGGAUGAGAGCAGAAAUUGUGCAGCGGUGGUGCGGCAGCAGCAGGAGGCCCCAUUAGCUAAAGUGGUGCUUCAGGUUAAGAACAGUUUCAGGUUAAGAACGGACCUCCGGAACUAAUUAAGUACUUAACCCGAGGUACCACUGUACUUUGAAUUGUAGCUGAGAGAAGUCAUUGCAAGCUGUGGAGCAAAAUGUGUUCACCGCUGUCCGUACCUCUCAAAAGAUGAGAUGCUCCAUUUUACCCUCACUUGCAAACUUCAUAGGCAACUCUGUAUAGAACCUAUUACAAAAGAUUAGCCUUUGUAUUACAAAGGCCUGGAAAAUUUAUUGCUAGGGCAAAUUGGGAAGGCAUUGUUGCCAUUGACUUCCAAAGGUGCUCCUUGAAGACCUUUUUAUACUGACAGGCCUUUAUGCUUUCUUGAUUAGUCAUUUUAAUGACUAUUUUCUAUUGCUUCUAUGGUGUGUCAUGUUGUAUAUAUUGACUCUGCCUUGAUAUCUUAUGAGUUGAAGGUAUAUAAAUAUGUUUUUCCCCUAAAUAACUAAAUGAGGGAGAUCAUUGCUUACAUCAAUGGGUUGUACAUUGAAGGCGAUUUGAAAAGGAGGCCCAGGUUUGCUUUCACUUUGAUAUCUGCCUACCAUUAACUUUUCAGAACUUUGCCAGUUUUCUCAAGAGAAAAUACUAAUGCAACAUGCUUCUAGACUUGAAAAUUUACUGUACUCAAGUAGAGUAAGUUGCAUAAGAAAAAUCCUAAUUAUUUUAAAGCUUUUUUGGAGAGUCUUGUUAUGUUGGGUCCCUUAGCAUAAGGAUAUCACAUAUAUUAAUCCAAAUCUGAAUCUAAGGGGUAUAUUGCUAAAAUGGUAGGCAAUAACCUCUCUGUUUUAAGUACUUGUGCCACAGUCUAGCUAGGUAAACUAACAGAAAGGACCAAACUCUUGGCCAUGAGAAUCUGGGCUGGAUAUUUUAUUUCUCAACUGCCUGCUGCCUCCUGUUCCCUGACCCUGAUGCAAUAUCCCUGGCAAACUUCAGCUUCCCGUUUUGCUCUGCCAGUAUUUAGAGACUUUCCUUUCAUCCUAGAACAAUGGGAUGGGGUAAACAUGUAAUCUCACCUCUUCCAGGCUUGCCCUUGAAUUGGUACAGGCAGAUUCAAUGCAAAUAGAGCCAUUUGCAACUAUUGUGCUAAGUGUGUGCACUCAGACCCAGGAGUAAAGGUUUUCCUUCAGACCAAAGUCCCUCAGUUGUUGAUAUUUGCUUGUUUCAAGCCCUGAGAGAACCAGACAUUUGGAAAGCUGCAGGAAAUACUAGUAAGCAGAAAUUAGUUGCAGUAGCAACUGAUGAAUUCAGCAAAUCUUCACAGACAAAAGUUAGCAGCAAGGCAGUAGUACCACAUGUCAUUUAUAGUGGCAAGCCUUCAUGGGUGGCAUUUCUGCCAGACUAAAGUUCUGUGUGGAAAAUCCAAAUUCUGUUGCAUGAACUUCGUCUGUGUCACCUUUGCAAAUAUGGACUCACUGGCAGGGACUAGAUUGUAGAAUAGAGAGUGUAGUUGGGAGAGGGAUCUGGUCUCUGAGUUUUUAGUUGUAACUUCCCACAAGUUGUAUGGGCUAGAAGAGAAUUAACAUUAUUAAUUUUUUAAUAGAAAAGUGGAAUAAAAAUCAGAACCCUAAGGGUCUUGGGAAUCUUUCAGAGCUUCCAGACUCUGAACCUUUUUGUACAUUCACGCUGGUGGAGACUUCUGGCUUCCUUUGUAUCUUGUCUACUCAUUAUUUUGUAUGUGGCCAUCCUAGUAGCUAAGCACUUGAUCACACCAUACUGACUAACUUCAACUAUUACAUGUUUAUCCUUCUAUAUGAACAAGGACAUGAAUUGGUGGCCAUGGGGGCAUCAGAGGUGGGUGGCUCUAACAGAGCGUUUUCUGCACUGCUCGUGUAGGUACUUAAUGCAUCAUUCUUCAUUACACACCAUGGUGCAUACAACUAUUAUCUCAUUUGGCUGUUAAUACAGAUUAAAGUUGUAGUCCAAAGAGAGAGAUUGUAAGAUGUGCUCAGAACUACUAGAAGCUCUUCCUAUCCCUCUGUGGCUUCUCUGAGUGCCUUAGUGGGAAUUACAGAGAAAGAGCCAAGUGGAGGCCAUUCUGGUCAUUCUGAGGACCCUUGCAAAAAGUAUCAGCAAACCAGACUUGGCUCUCAACAAGGAGGGGAACACAAUUAUAAUAAAUUAUUAUUGGAUCACUUACUCCAUCUGGUCAAUCAGCGCUACUUAGAUGUUCUCACCUGUCCUGCCCUGCACCAAUAAACAUUCAAGGUAGUUCAUAUAUCCGUUCCCUCACCCUCUAAGCAUUUUUGUUCCCAUUAUGUGCUUAAUUCCAUCUAUCCCUAACUGUUCCUGGUAAUAUUAAGGGACUAACAGAAAAUUCUUUGUAUAUAGAGAUGACCCUCAUGGUCUCUUCCAGCUGUACAAUUAUAUGAUUUUAUCUGUUGAGUGGAGAAAUGGGCUGUUUUUGUCCAAGGAGUUGUUUGCCCAGAGAUUGCUUAAUAAAUAAUAUGCAGCUCAUAGGGGAACUUCACUGGAGCAAGAGCAACUAUUCUCAACUCUUUUGCAACCCUAAAUUAAUCAGAAGGAAAUGGCAGGCUGAAUGUGCAGGCAGCAGUGAGACUUUGGAUGCAUUAUAGAGAAACUUGGAUAGACUCUAUGAACUCGAGUGUUGUCACCCACGCAGUGCCCAAACCUUGGUUCUGAAAUGAGUUGAUGAUGAAAUAUCUUCCAGUGUAGGGAAAAAGUGUUCAGAUUGGCUUGGCAGAUCUCUACGCAUAUUGUCCUAACUUAAUAGCUCUCCUCUAUGAAAGUUUCAUAUAUUUGGGAUAAGAUCAUAUAAAAUAGGGGUAACCUUAUCUGAGCAUAUAAAACAAUUGUGCUGAAAACUCUUUGGGCAAUUGUAACACUGGUAUUUCCUGCAGCUAACAUGUGGACAUCAUAUCAAUCUUUAGUUGCGUACAUAAAUCUGGGAAACACCUAUGCCAACUUCUUGGGGCAAAAAAUGGCUCAGGGAGGCUUAAAAGCACAAGAAAAUGCAACUGCAAUAAGAAACCUGAUGGUCCACGCAUCCUGAAUAGUUGUUUAGCACUGGAUUUCAAGGAAAAUACCAGAAACGAUGAUCAGAAGAAUCUUGAGAAACACUGAACCAAGCUAAUAUUUGUGUUGAUCAGCUUGCCAGUUAAGCACUCACAGAGGACAUGUAGCAGGUCAAGUUGCUGACAGAUUCCAUUACUAAAGCUACAUUGACAGAGCUAGACUAAUAAGUGCUUCAUUGGGGCUACCCUAAGAAAAUUGCUUUCCUCCACCACAAACCUGCUCUGUUUCUAUACUUGACAUGCUGGAGGCAAAGCCAGCUCUUGUAUAUCUACCAAAGAAACCAGUCAGGCUGGUGGGGUUCUCUGUGCUGCUGCCUCCAAGCACUGUGUUUCUGGCCUGCAGUUUUUUUUAUUAGCCCCCUAAGAGGAGCUGGCAAAGAAUAGGUGGUGAUUUUGUUUGCAGGCUAGUAACCUUUGGGGGCUAACUUGCAAGGCUGUUUUAUAUGGCUUCUGCGGCAUAGGUUUGCAUAGGCUAGUGUCAUAGGUUAGAUGUGGUUUCUCAGUCUCUAUCACUGAAACGCUCCCCCUGGAGUUUGGAAAGGUUUAAUUCUAGAUGUUAUUUUUAUUCAGAAUUUCUAAUGAAAUCAGAGAGUUGGCAUGCAUGAUCCUUCACUUAGGGCUCUCAGAAUCGCCAAAACGAUUAACAUAACUGUGGACUUUGACUCUAGACCUGGGCGAUACAGCGGUACCUCGAGUUACAAACGCCUCAGGUUACAAACGCUUCAGGUUACAAACUCUGCUAACCUGGAAGAGUUUACCUCGAGUUGAGAACUUUGCCCCAGGAUGAGAACGGAAAUCGUGUGCCGGCGGCGCAGCAGCAACAAGAGGCCCCAUUAGCGAAAGCACGCCUCUAGUUAAGAACAGUUUCAGGUUAAGAACGGACCUCUGGAAUGAAUUAAGUUCGUAAGUAGAGGUACCACUGUAUAUCGAUAUAUCACCAGGACUGGUACGAGGGGCAGACCACGAUGACAUAUUCACUCACUGGUGAACCCGCUGCUGCUCCCGAGUCCCUCUUCCUCCAGUGCCCAGCAUGCUGAGGGAAAAACAAGCCACCGGCGCUGGAGGCAGAGGGACUCAAGCAGCGGCGGUUUCACCACUGAUAUACCGCUGAGUGAAACUGCCAUUGUGGUCUUGGCUGAGGAGCAUGCCGCUGCCCUUGCCUCAGCCAAGCAGUUUUAGGGAGCCCCCAUCUCUCUACCAGCUUGCACAAGCCAGUGGUAGGGGGGAGGCUCUGUUAAAGUGCUUCCGCUUCCUAGCUGAGAGAGCACAAACCCCACUCCUGCUUGCACGCGAGUAGGAGCAGGAGCUGGCCUCCUCAGCUGAGGAGCGCAAAGCCCCCACUUCCCAGCUGAGAGAUCCCCGACCCCUCUCCUGCUUGCACACAAGUAGGAGUGGGAUGCGGCUGCUCAGCUGGGGAGCGCAAAGCCUCUGCUUCCCAGCUCAGAGAAGCCCGCUUCCACUUGCACAGGAGCAGAAGCUGGAUCGGGGCUGCUCAGCUGGGGAGGUGCAUGCUCCAUCACACUUUUCCAUUGAGGGGUACUUGCAUGCAAGCAGGCUUCGUGCUCUUCAGCUGAGCAGCCCUGAUCCCACUCCUGCUCACUGGGACAUUGGGGGUCGCUUAGUUGGGCCAGGUGCCUUUCCGCCCCAGAGCUGAGCAGCAGGCUGGGGCCAGCUGCAGUGUCCCCAGCUCGCCAGACGUUGGGUUGAAAGUGCCUCAUCUCCCACCGUGAGAGCUGAGGCAGUUUGUCCCAGCGCCUCACCAGCUGGGGCCAGUGCAGCUUGUUUCAACAUUGUGGUUUAUCGCCAAACCGCCAUGUUUUGCUGGCGAUACACCGCGAUAUUGAAAACCUAACAUCGCCCAGCCCUAUUUGACUCUCUGUCACAUUAUUCUAAAACUGAAAGACUGUGCACACUUGUAGGAGAGUAAGGACUGUUCAGUGCCGGGGUGUGUGUGCGCGCUUUUGAGAGAACUUGGGAGGUUCAAGCUGUAAAAAAACAUUGAGCAUCUUUGCUUAGCUAAAGUAGAGGCUUAACAAAGUCUCUGAUUCUACAAAGUUCUGAUUCUACCAUUGCAUUUCAUAGGACGAGCUAAAUGAUCUUCAAAAGCAGCAGGGAGAAAUCUCCAGUCUGCAGACCUAACUAGACCCAGCAGGGGUCCUAAUUAGGCCUCUGAGGUUAUUUUCCCCAUGUCAUACCCACCUGAUGUUGAGCAUGUAAAGAUGCAGUGGCAGAGGCACAACUGAGGGCCUUAAAAUGCAUUUCCAAUGGGUCAUUGGCAUGUGGGGCUUGUUUCCAGUGCCUUUUAAACUUGGUACCAAAUGUAAACCCUGCUGGAAUUGGUUCCAGUUGGUGCUACCAAGCAAAGCCAAUCCCUCACAAAAAGCGGGAGUUGAAUUCAGCGCUGGUUAGCAAUGACUUCAAACUCCACUGGGAUCUUGAUCUCAACGUGUGCUGUAAAGGAAAAACAGAUCACAGUGAUGUCUGAGGUUGUCAGAAUGGCCCGCCAGGUACGAGAGAGCUUAAUAUUUGGCCAUCCUGUUCCCCUCUCCUCUAAAGAACUGCUAAUUUCAAAAUUUGGUCUUCUAAAUUUAAACUGCUCCUUUGGUUGACUCAAAGGAAGGAGAGAAAUAUGCAUGAUUCUUUUUCAUUCACUCUUACUUUUAUUCAUUUUCUAUGUAGCUUUUCACAGUUCAGGGCAGCAAUUGGAAAUUGGAAACACUUGCUCCAGACUGACCUAGGACUUCAGAGAGAUCAAGCCUUCCCCUUUGAUUUUAAGCCUGUUUGAUUAGCAAAGGUAACAUCAUUGGACCCACCCUUUAAUGCUUUUUUAAGAGUGACUUUCUAUUUUCCUAUGUCUCCACACCUUUAGAAUUUGGAUGAUUAGCAGCACAAACAAACUUCAAAGCCUAUUUGAGCCUCAUGUUAACAGUUUCAUUCUUUUACUUGCCAGAGCAGGCAGGUGCAGUCAGGCUUGGAGUCCAUGCCUAGUACUUUUGUGGAUAGCUGUUCGCAGAAGUGUGUGAAACCAGCUUCUAAAAUGCCCCUUAUUCCAAGCUGUAUGGUACCAUCCUGGAUGCAGGUACCAUUACUUGUAAAUUUGGAUAACCUAUGGUGGAAGCUAAGAUGUACCGAUUUUUCUUUCUCUUCUUUGAUUCUGAUAUUACACUGAAUGAAGUCGGUUGUAACAAUGUUGGGCAAGCCUAGCAUGAUCACUUGGAGUGACUGUAGUGAACUAGUGGCGUAUUUGUGUUCCACCUGUCCUCCCAAACUCAUGGUCAUAUACUUAAAGUUUAGUUAUGCAUACUUGUUUUUGAAUGUUGCUGAUUUUAUUUGUAUGUUUUGGAUUUUUUUAUACACUAUUUAGGGUUUUGGAUUAAGUGGUUUAUAAAUUCUACUAAACAAACAAGGGACAACUGGCUUUAUGUACUGCUUGUGAGCUUCUGGCAUGGUCAGUGUUGGAGACAGAUCAGACUGGCAGUCUAAGUCCGUCAUCCUAACACAGCUCAUGUUCUUCCAUCUUUCCCUUACCACAAUCCUGUGGGUGAUGAAGAUGAGAUUAUGACUUGCUAAGGCAGUCUGUUGAACUUCAUGAGCUGGAGGGAGGGCUUGGACUCCCUCACCCACCCCAGUCUAUCUACUACAUUCUGACAAGGCUAUACACUGUAUUUUUCGCUCCAUAAGACGCACUUUUUCCCUCUUAAAACCUAAGGGGAAAUGUCUGUGCGUCUUAUGGAGCGAAUGUGUGGUCGCUGGUGGGGGGGGAGCCUGGGCUUCCCUCAACAGCCCCACAAGCUCGGGGAGCAGCGGAAAAGCUUUCCCCACCGCCAGCCCCACAAGCUCGGGGAGCAGCCUUUCCGCUGCACCCCGACCCGCUGUUUGGGGCUGGCGGUGGCUUUCCCCAAAGAGCAGGUCGGGGAGCAGCGGAAAGGCUUGUGGGGCUGGCAGAGGGGGGAAGCCACGCUUCCUUCGCUGCUCCCCGAUCUGCUCUUUGGGUUGAGCAGCUCUGGGGUAGCCUGUGAAGCCUCUACAGGGCAGCGGGGAGCCUUCAUCCCACUGCCCUGGGGAGGCUUCGCACGGCUAACCCUGGCUUUUGUGGGAGGUGGGGGAAGGGAUAGAGCGAGGCUCUCUCACUUCCCCCACCUCCCCCCAAAGCCCCCAAGAACUGCAUUUUUUUUCUUGAAUUCCCCCCCCCCCCAAAAAAAGUAGGUGCGCCUUAUGGAGCGAAAAAUACGGUACUUGCAGGUCCUUGCCAAUCAUUCUCAACUACCGAUUUCUUAAAUAUGCUUCCAUUCUACCAUGUUGUCAAGCAUUAUCUACCUUAGCAGUGAAGCUAGUUGGCGCUCCUUGUUAAUAGGAAAAGGAGACAAUAAUGCCUUGCUAGACACUGUGUUAAAACUCCUUCAGUGCAGAAAGGAAGCUCUAGAAAGUUUCCUUUGACAGGUUUGGAGAAAGAUGACUUUGUUCUGGUGCAUGUUUAUUAAACUGCAUAAAGGAGCUUACGGGUUUUGUGAACGAAGUAACAAUAUACUUGAUAGUAAAACUUCUUGGGACAACUGAACUUCCCUAGAUGUCAUUGCUAACCCAGUAAUUUAACCUGCCAACAAAUGCAUAUUUGGCUUUCAGAAACUUUCUCUUUCCACAAAUGGCUUGUUCAUAAACGCACUUCUGGUCUGCUCCUUACUUCUGACUGGAAUGUGCCUGCCUACAACUUUAGGCUACGCCGAAAAUACUUGUUUUGCCAGUUUUCUAUUCAGUGCUCAGUGCUUUUUCCCCUGUUACACAUGCCGUCUCCUUAAUCAGGUCACCUCUAAAGUUGCUUGAUUAAACUGCUUAGGAGAGUGCCCUUCAAACACAAGGUAUGAAGAAAACUACUUCCCAGAAGCACUCUUACUAUGUAGGGGAGAUCUCCUGAUGUCAACCUAUUCUUUAUCUUCUAAGGUUCUCUUGAACACUUUAAUUGUUGCUAGAAUGCAUGCCGGUUUCUAAAUAAGCUGCUGCAAAAUAUUUACAAGCAACAGUGUAAAUUAAGAUUAAAGCAUUCCGCAUAUAUGAAGGAAAGCAUUUGGAAGUCCACAAAAUGGAUUUGUGGGCUAGUUUGGUCUUUUUUAGUGUCUCUUUCUUUGGCAGUGUCUUUUAAGAAGCUUGCUGAGAAAUAUUUCUAGUGAUAGCAUUUUAUCACUUGAUCAGUUUUGGGGCAGGGUAUUGUAGAGUGUAGAUGCCUUUUUGUUUCAGGCAGAAACAAAAGUUUUUAAAACUCAUUACCUUACAACAUAAAGUAUUCCACUUUGGUUGAUCACGUAACAUAGAAGUGCUCCAGGUGCCCUGAAGUAAGGAGCCAAACACCCAGUUCACCCUCUCUGGCCUUGUAAGCAGAAAAAUACUUCAAUGUACAGAAAACACACUACAAGGGUUUCCAAUAUGGUUAUGCCUUUGCUGUGUAUUACUGGGAUUUAUCCUGCAAACGGAAAUGGGGUUUUUUUUUGGGGGGGGGUGUAAAAAUCAUCUCAGGGAGUAGUGCACCCUUAAAAUGCCUUUUACUGUGAAAUCAUGAAGCCUUGCUGGAAAUAAAUUACCAAAAAAGGAAGAGAUUGUGCUGCAGAUUGUCUCAAGUGGUAGUGCCCAUAGAAUCAUAGGAUAUUGACAAGCCGGAAGGUGUGCAGAGGUGGGCAACCAAGAGGAUCAAGGGUCUGAAAACCAAUCUUUAUGAUUGCUGAAACAAUAAUUUUGCCCUGUUUGGAGCAAAACAUCAAGUGCAAAAGAGUUUUCUAUUUAGCUGGACUCUUAUUUGCACGAAGGAACCUAAUAUUGCUGACAAGCUCAAGAAAUAGUACUGCGAGGCUGUUCUCAACAGUUUGCAAUAUACUAAACUUAGGUCAACGGCUUGGUUUAAAGCUUUAGUUGCACCCUCCUUAAUUUUAAUCUUCAUUUGUAUAUCGGUGCCGUACAAUCCUUUGCGUAGGAAACGACUCAGACCGUACCUGCAUGUGUUUAUCAUGCAAAAACUGCUGGACACGCUUGGCAACAGGUAGUGUUCUCUCCAUGAUCUCUCAUUAUGAAGGGGCAUUUGGUCAAAUGAUUUAGGCAGCACCUUAUCCUGGACUUUUUCUGCCGUUUCUUCAUCAGCAUGAUAAAAUUUGUUUGUUUAUUUAUUUAUUAUUAUUUUAUUAAAACUAAUUAAAUUAAAUUAAAUUGUAACAAUGUUUCCCCAUUUCCAAUAUACAGAAUUUAUAUCUGCUGUGCGACCCACAGUUUUCACAGUAAGGAAAUUGCAUAGAAGAGUGAUCAGCAUUUUGAUGAUGAUAUUAGGGUACAGGGAGCUUUGCAUACCCAAAAGAUAGAUCCCUGCCCUUAGGAGCUUGCAAUCUAAACAGAGAUGGUGGGUGGGUGAGCAGAGUCAACAGGAGAUGCAAGAGACAAAGGGAUGCCAAAUGCCAAAUGGUUUGUUCACUGCUGUUGCCACAUCCUCCGUUUUGGCUCAGCGACUCCAGCUCAAGGAAACAUAAUCGCCAAUACGAACACCAGUGUUUACAUGCACCCUACUUCCUCAAGCUCUCAGAAGUUCCAGGGGGAGCACAUAUCUGAGUUUGGCUUCCUUUUAUAGGAAACGGCUUGUGCUGUUGCUUUUUGAAGUUUUUGAGAUUCCUUUACAAAUAUGCAAAGUGAAGCAGAGGAAGCGACUAUGAUUCUAAUACGAUCUAGUUGAAAUUCCUGCAUUGCAGGGGGGUUGGACUAGAUGAACCUCGGGGGUCCCUUCCAACUCUGCGGUUAUCUGGUUUUCUGGGCGCAUAUUGGAAAAUACAUGUGGGCAGAGAAGGAUCUCUGCAUAAAAACAGGGCAGCGUGUCACUUAAGCAAGGUUCCCUGAACAGCCAGGGAGCAGCUGUGCAAACUGCUUCUUUCGAAGUGCACAGAGCUCUCUUCCCAGGGAGCCUGGGCAGGAUGUCUGCAAGGUCAUUGCUCAACUGCACUCUCUCACUCUCACAAGAGAGUUCUUGGAAAAGGAAAGAAGCGUUUUCCUAUGUUCAGCAGAUUCAGCAAAACUAAAUCUAAAUACAUACUAUUACUUUGCUACCAGUGAAAGUCUGUGCUGCUGGCUUUAACUGUGUUCCACAUUUGAUCUGGGUGCAUAGUGCAGAGGGACUUCUCUGGAUAAUUUGUCUUAACCAUUUUGAAGCCUUGGAUUGUGUGAAUAACAAUUGAUUUUAUUUUUUGACUCGUGGAACACUUAGGUGAAUCCUGGACGACGUUUCUAGCCAAGUUUUGGAUUUUGCUGUAUUUAAAGUUGCUGAGUUUGAAGUUGAGUUAAGAUCCUGACUUGUUCAGAUGGAAUGGGAAGCUUUGUGGUUAGUUAGGUAUUUGCCGCUUUUAAUUGCUGCUCAUUGCGGAGGAGAUGUUUGCCAUAAGCAAGAGGCUCAUGCAUAAUUAGCUUAAUAAGAUAAUGAAUGAAGACCUUGGGUGGCCCAGAAUUCUGCUUUUAAGAAAGAGGAAGCAAAACUUGAUGUUUAGAAAGUUUAGGAAAUGUUUCAGCCUUUCCCUGAAGAUGCUGCAGUUCCCGCUUUUUUUAAGCGGGGGUUAGUAAUGCAGUGGUGAUUGAAGAUUCCUGAGAAUUAACUUGCUGCCCUCAGCUUUUAUAUUCUUGCUCAAAACUGGCUUAAAUAAAAAUGUCAACCCACACAAGAAGCUUGUCAGAGGUGGCUGGCCUUGAGAGAAGCUUGUGUGAGAGAGAGGCUUUUUUUUUUUGCAUGGGUUAUGAUUUCAAUUGUUACCUGUCAGAAACUUAAUGCUUUAUUGGAGUUCAUUUUUAAGGGUGGGUGGCUGGGAUUUUGCUUCAAGUUACAUCUCCGUGUUGAAAUAAAGGAUUCUGUGAGCUAUUAUGAGCUUGCUUUUUUAAAAAAAUCCAAAAUACUACCCAAAUCUAAGGUGGUAAACAAACAUGGAGAUAGACCGUACCGUCUGCUUUGCUACCAGCAAAUGUCUGUGUGGUGUCACACAUUUUUACUUCUAACUUACCAAUCGAUCUGUUUCAGAAAAUGUAUGGUGGGGGACAGGGCCAUUUGUGCGCUGGGAAGCAAAUGAAACACAUCUUCCAGCUUUGGGACAAAAGACGCUCAGGUUCAGGACUUGGUAACUGCCUUAUCGCCUAGGAAUUUGAAAUCUUCACCCUGGUGUCUUUUGUGAUGUUUAUCUAUCCCCCCAAUAGUGAAUCAUCUGUAAAGCAGGCCUGUGGUGUGAAGAAAAACUUCAUUGAAGAAAAGCGUUGAGCUGAUGAGUUAUACUUUGUGAACCUCAGACAGCUGCAUGUGCACCUCACUGACAGCUUGGUCCAAACUCAUGAUGUAAUUGAGAUGUUAAGCACUGUUGUAAUAUACCGUUCUGGGUCGGGUCAGGGCUGUUGUCCCUGUAGCCCUGGUGCCAUGUGAUGUGAAGAAAAAUCCAGUUCAGAAACUGCUUGCGACGUCUUGAAGAAUGUGAGCAGGAAAGACAUCCGCAGUAGUUGCUGACUCAUGGAUCACAGCGUUUCACUGCACAUGGGAGUUCUUUCCCCUCCAAGGCUAAUUCUGGAGGGUUUGUUUGCUCUAGGAGAUUUAUUUUUUAAAAAAUAAAAUAACAGCUUGUCUCCUCUGAAGUUUGUUCUUGGUGUUUUGACAUUACAAUCACCAAAUGCAGUGUUUAGCUACAAUGCAGAUAACCAGGAAUCUGACUCUUUCCCUGCUGAAUAGAGUGUGUCUGUGGCUUGUCUGGUCAGGUGUCAGGUUACUGUGCUGAUUCUGGGCUAAAUAUUGUUGGAUAUCCAUCCUGACAUCUGGUUUGAAAGCCCAUGCUUAUCUUGCACAUCCCCCUUGAAUGACAGGGCUGCCCCCCCCCAUUUCACAAAUUGAGGAACCAAAUAUGUUUCUGUUGUUAAUUGCUCAGGUUUUGACUGAAGCUAGUUUUACUGCUCGAUUCAACUUAAUACCUUUCACUUGUCUUUAUUGCGCCUACAUCCCAAGCCUUCAGUGUUUUUCACCUGUCCAGCACAGCACAUCAAUCUGGUUUUUUUCUGUUUUUUCCCCCAGAAGGAGUUGCUCACAGCUGUUGGACAAAGUUAUCCACCUGUUCCAGGCCAAAAGCUCCUAUACUCACAAAGUCUGAUCGGUGGCUGGUAGUUUUUUUUGCAUUGGCUGGAGCACAGGCUGCUCUUAGAAUCCAGGCCAUGACCAGCAGAGGAGCUGCCAGGCCGAAUGGUCAGUCGCAAGCCAGCAAGAUCUGUCAGUUCAAGCUAGUACUACUGGGCGAAUCAGCAGUAGGCAAGUCCAGCCUGGUGCUGCGUUUUGUCAAGGGACAGUUCCACGAAUACCAGGAGAGCACCAUAGGUGGUGAGUUUUUUGGGGGGGGGAUCUCUUCUUGGGAGGAAAAUCGAUAGCCUAAAUUUUAGGAAAGCACCUUUGGAUUCCAGCAUAACAAACUCCACCUGGGCAAGGUCAUCCACUUUCAAAUAGGGUGCACUUCCCGACACCUUCAUCCCGAAGCGUAGCCACUUACUGUGCUUGUUUACCCUUUCAGUAGCCCUCUGGAAGUCUGCAGGUGGUAAGGGUGAUAGUCUAACCCCACCAGCUGAAUCUGCUGUUUGAAAGGCUGUUAGAGUCAUGGUUUGGUUGCUCUUUUGGUUGGAGGUCUUAAACAAGCAAGUAGGCAUCAGUAAAUCAUAAUAUGGGACGCGGGUGGCACUGUGGGUUAAACCACAGAGCCUAGGACUUGCCGAUCAGAAGGUCGGCAGUUCGAAUCCCUGUGACGGGGUGAGCUCCCGUUGCUCAGUCCCUGCUCCUGCCAACCUAGCAGCUAGAAAGCACAUCAAAGUGCAAGUAGAUAAAUAGGUACCGCUCCGGCGGGAAGGUAAACGGCGUUUCCAUGUGCUGCUCUGGUUCGCCAGAAGCGGCUUAGUCAUGCUGGCCACAUGACCCGGAAGCUGUAUGCUGGCUCCCUUGGCCAGUAAAGUGAGAUGAGCGCCACAACCCCAGAGUCAGCCAUGACUGGACCUAAUGGUCAGGGGUCCCUUUUCCUUUAAAUCAUAAUAUACUAGUGCAAUGGUUGCUUUAAAAAAAAAAAAAAAAUCGCACCCAUAUUGUUAAAAUACAGUGACCCCUCCCAAUAGUUACAGUUAAAACAGUAUAUACUUAAUAAUAGUGGGGGAGGGGAGGGAGAGACCUGUUUCAGCCUGAGGACCAAAUUGGAACUUACCCAUCCUUCUGGGUACUACGUUUCAGUGAUUGUUGGGACAAAAGUGGGCAAGGCCAAACAAACACACACACACACACACAAAAAGAGGGGGCAAAGUGCAAGGAUUUCUAUCCCCCCCCCCACAUUGUCAAAAACACAAGUGCCAGGUACACAGUGCACUUUCCCUCUUUUACACACACACAUACUUCCAGGCACAUAUACAUACACUCUGAUGCGAUGGGCAGGAAGACACAUGCAUUUCUAGCCCUCUCCAGCGCUGGGGUGGAGGUGACUGGAAAGAUCCUUUUGUGCUAUUUAGGGAGACUCAGAAGACAGAGGGAUUUUAUCUCUUUAUCUUAGCCUUGUGAGGCACAAAAUACCUCUUCUGUUAUUUGCUCUCAGAGAGGGCUUAUCUCUGAUUUUAGGGCUUUGGUACUUAGGUUAGAGGUGAAAAAUCCCUUUACUAUCCUGUGUCAGACAUCAGGUGAUUGGCAGGUGGGCAUGGUUUGCCCAAAUGGCCUUGUGGGCCUAAUUAGGCCCAUGGGCCCACAGUUCCCAGCUGUUGAGUUAAUACACUGUUUAAUUCCAGUUACCUUCACCCAUUUUAGAGUACUCAUAAUCUUGCUUUAUCCAUAAAAUAUUGUAUGCGGUCACUGGAGAGAGAGAGAGAGAACACUGUGUUUCUUUUUUUAAAAAGUUUUCUUUUCUAGAUUUGGUUUGCUAAAUGUACUGCAGAAAACUAAAUGAUCACAGAAGUACUUCUAUAAAACCUCAUACCCCCUUUAAAAUCCCUUACCUGUAUUUAUGCAGUGCAGUGGACUCACAACUUGCGCGUGUUUAACUUGCUUGAUUUCAACUUUACGCAUUUGAGAGCUGACAGUUGAAAUCACACAGAUUAAACGCACAAAAGGCAAAAGGCUUAAAAGCAGGGUUUUCUCAGUGUAGAAAGAGCUCUUAAUCUCUCAGACUUGCUAAUGGGGCUCUCUGGUGAGAUCUCACAGGAACUCAAGACAGCCCUGCCAGACAGCUGGUAAGCAAGGUGGAGCGCUUAAAAGCUCUCUGCCUUGCGUGUGGGGUAAGACCUGUUUUGUGCGCCAGCUCUGAAAGCUAAGAUUGCUCAUGAGAGGGCAGUACCAAGAGAGUGGGUUGACUAUAUGUGUUUUUGCAUAUAGGCACCAACCCCAGAAUGUAACCCCCAUGCAAAAGAUGCAAAACCACUGUAAAACAACACCAGUAUUCUUUUGCUUUAUGUAGUGGUGCACAUGGACUGCAUUUUCCCUUAAAUUCCUCCAUAAUGCUUCCUUAAGAUUUUUGCUGAGUCCUUUUAAGGUCUUACCACCAGCAGCCACCCUAAAUACCAUCAUUGUUUGGCUACUUUCUGCGAGACAGGGAUAUUUGGGGGCUGAGGGGCAAUUGCGCAUCAACUCAACACUAAGUAGGGGACAAGGUGGGAAGAUGCUAUAGUGUGUGUGUGUGUGUGUGUGUGUGUCUGUGUGUCUGUGUGUGUAAGGUAACAUUCAGACAUUAGGUUAUUCCAUCAUUCAUAGUGGUACAGUCCUUUGAACUUGCACCAUAUGUUUUUUCUACAUGUCUAGGCCUAACCCACAAUAUUUACAGGAGAAAAUUUUUCAUAUUAUUUGCGUUCAUGCUUAUUUCUGUACAAGCUGCUCCAUGCAGCCUUGGAGACUUCUUAACAGAUUGUUAGAGGUCAGAAUAUUUAUCAGGUUAAUAUCACUUUUUGAUUGGUCUCCCCAUGGAUGAUUCAGCUGGUUCACAACAGUAAAAAUUCAGUCACUGUAAUUAUGAUAUAUAAAGUUAAAUGAUUGCAUCUAUUUUGUCGGGUCCCUAAGCCAACUCUUCACCUUCUCAUUUCACAGCUGCUUUCCUCACACAGUCUGUCUGCCUAGAUGACACAACGGUAAAGUUUGAGAUCUGGGACACAGCUGGUCAGGAAAGAUAUCACAGUUUGGCCCCUAUGUAUUACCGAGGGGCUCAAGCUGCCAUUGUGGUGUAUGACAUAACCAACCAGGUAAGCAUGCAGUGUUUGCUAUCUUUUGGGGAGAAAGGGCAGUAUCAAGGUUAAAACCAACAGUGUGGAGACCUCAUACAAUUACAGUGGAAGUGUCUGUCAGCUGAUGAUGCCUCAGUUCCUUUGAACAUCCUUUCCCAUUUCAGAUGAAGCUUGUUGGAAACAAGGGCCAUCUAAAGACUUAAACACAGUCAAUUAUUGGUUAGAAACUUCAGGUGAUUGCUGCCAAGUAAGACCCACUGUCUGACCAAAGCAUUGCCUUGUUCACAUUAAACCUUUGCUCUAAACAAACUUCCCGACUAGUGGCUGAUUUGUUAUUUUUUGAAAAGUUAAAACCACAAGUUUGCAUUUGCUCUGGAGUAAGCAACACAAUUUCCUUGAUGCCUUGAAUAAAUAUGAUCAACACCUCAUAGAGGUCAGGGUAGUUCGGGGUUUUUUAAAGGCAAAUAAUUUUAGAUAGGUAUAAUUUACGCUCUGAUACCUAGAUAGGAAUUUACACUCUAGAAAAACCUACUUAGGAAGUCCUACUGAGUUGAGUGGAAAUUACAUUCAAGUUGCUAUGUUUAGGAUUGCAGCCUAAGUGUGAUGUUGCAGGAAUUAAGAACCAUGGUGCCUUUGCGGCAUAUCCUCCUGGGCCCCACCUGCCCCUUCCACAGCAAUUAGGUUUGACCUACCACCCCCUUUUCAGAAUUUUCUUUUACUCACCACCCCCUGGAGAUCUACCUUAUUUAAGCGAACAAACAUUAAGACACUGACAAAUUUGUGUUCUUUUGUGUAUCUAUGUUUCUGCUUAUGUCCUAUAACAUAGCAGAGAAUGCUGUUGUUGCGAAGAAGACACCUUGAAGCUUGAAAUUAUAAAAUUAUUAAAACCCAUGGGGUGGACCAUGGAGUGAAGCCUGAUGACUCAGUCCAGUCUGCCCCAGGGACAGGGACAGUGCGGCAGCCCAUCUACCAUUGGCCAAAUAAGCAGGCAAGCUGCAAUCUACUUCCAGGCUUUGGGUGAAGCCGAAAAGGGUUCACCCAAGCCCAGGAAAACCCCUCUGAUCCAGGGGAGGCAUUGUGACCAUCCCACAAUAGUGCCCAACCUGGCAGUAAAUAUCAUUACACAACAGAUGAAACAUGUAUGAAUGGAUUUUCAAAAAUUUCUUCUUUUUUAUGCUUCCACUGCCCCCUUAUUUUUAUUCAACGCCCCGAAUUUCACCCGAGUCUAGUACCGCCCCCCUGGAUUGUUCCAGCACCCCCUUUGGGAAACACUGAUCUGUGUGAAGCCACUGGGAGCUGUCAUCAGGAGAUGUGGAGCAAAGUCUCAUCAAUAGGCAGAUGACACCCAGCUCCAUCUCUCUGUUCUAUCUGUAUCGGGAAAAGCAGUUGUGGUGUCAGACCAGUGCUUGGAGGUGGUGAUGGGCUGGAGGUGAUGUACCUCUUUAUCCAGACCUUUGCCACCUGAGAUGUAUAAUUUUAGGAUCCACCCUAUUUUUGUGGUUGUAAGUUGUUUUUAAUGUUGCAUUUUAAAUUCUUGUAACCCGGCUUGGGGCCUUAAGAUGAGUGGUGGGGUAAGAAACUAAAAUAAUAGCAAUCAUAGUAGAUGUUUGGUUUGAUUAUGUCCUUGAGAACCUGCAUGUCCACCAAUAGACUGUUGCAGUGACAGUUGGAGGAAGCCUUUUGUUUCAACGUACUGCAGGUGCACAUUGGGUGAGUUGGUUGAAGAUAGGAAUCCUGGUCCCUUCUGACUGCACACCUGACAUUUUGGCCUCUCCUUUUCUGAUAGGAAACGUUUGCACGAGCGAAAACAUGGGUGAAAGAACUCCAGCGGCAAGCUAGCCCAAACAUUGUCAUAGCCUUAGCAGGAAAUAAGGCGGAUCUUGCCAAUAAGCGCAUGGUAGAGUAUGAAGUAAGUAGAGCUUCUCAAACCCCUCAGAUGUCUAUUGUACUCAUUCUUACUUCAAGACAGAAGGAAUGGUCCAUAGUUUGCCAGCCCGGGAGAGGGCAUUCUCUGUGGCAGCCCCUCAGCUGUGGACUUCCCACCCCUAAGAGGUGCAUCUGACACAUUAUUGCAUAGUUUUCAUCACAUGCUGAAGACUUCUUUAUCCUUGCCUUUGACACCUGAGAUACAGAGUUUUAGGGCCUGGCCUAUUUUUUAAAAUCAUUUUUUUAAAAGUGAUUUUAAUACUGUAUUUUUAAAUGGCUGUAACUCAACCUGGGAGCUAUUGAUGAAGAGUGGGUAAGAAAUCAAAUUAAUAAUAAUGAUAAUACAGUGGUACCUCGGUUUUUUAGCGUCUUGGAAGCCAAACGUUUCGCUUUUCGAACGCCGAAAACCUGGAGUUGCUUCCAUUUUCGAACGCGCCUCGGAAGCCGAACGGCUUCCACUGAGGUUUUUUCCAUUUUCUCCAUUGAAAUUGCAGGCUGCCCUUUGCACCUCGGUUUUUGAACAUUUCGGAAGUCGAAUGGUCUUUCAGAACAAAUUACGUUCGAAAACCGAGGUACCCCUGUAUCAGGAGGAAUAUGCUUCCCUCUCCCUCCAAACUUCCCAACCUGAUUUGUCACUCCUUCGAGAUAGUCCAGCCUUUUGGUACUUUAUUGUAUUGUAAACAAAAAAAACCUGAGCAAGCCUGUCUGCCCAGAUUGAUCUGGGCAAUCUAGAAUAUGCAGUCGUGUUCUAAAAGUAAGACCUACAUUUGUUCUUUACAGGAGGCCCAGGCUUAUGCAGAUGACAACAGUCUAUUGUUUAUGGAGACAUCAGCCAAGACAGCAAUGAAUGUUAACGAUCUCUUCCUGGCGAUAGGUAACCCAAAGACACUACGUUGCAUUGUUUAUCGGGGCACUGUCUCUCUAAAGAUUCAUGUGGCUUCACUUUAAGUUGUACAUUGAGUUCUGCAGCCUUCUGCUGCCUAGGGUUACUGCCCAGCAGCCAAUGGUUGGAGCAGGUAUUGGGCUAGACCCUCCCACCCUGUUGUAGCAGAUGCAAAUGCCAGCUAAAGAGAAUGAAAGGUGUCUUGCAAAUAUUCCGUCAGGUCUCAACUUGCAGAACAGCUAGAGACCUUUGGGCUUUCCUUGACAUGCUUCUUUUCAGACAUCGUUAUACCAUGUGCAGCCUUCAUAUAUUGGACCUUUGUGGGAAUGGUCCCCAGGUACUGAGGCCCACCUGAGGCAUUCUGGGUUGCUGUAUUAACAGGGUGGAAGUUCCGCAGGUCUGCUUGCAGAUGGAAAGGGCUGCAGGCCCUUAAAUACAGGUUUAAGGGAGUAUGCUGCUUCCUUCUCUCUCUGUGUGUGUGUCUCUUCCAUCUCCCCUUUUUCUCAGUGAGUUUUCUGCCAUGCUGCUACCUCCCAGCACGAGCCUGGUCCUCCAUACAUCAAAUUUUGGCAAAUGCUGAAAUAAAUAACCUGGUUACACCCAUUUUCAGGAACAGGGCUAAGAGUGCUGCUACUGAUGGGUAUCAAGCUGUGCUCGUUCUGUUUUCCAUUCUUUCCUAUUACUGUUAAUCCACGGCAUUCUUAAGAAUGAAAACAUGACCAGCAUAAAGGCCACAAGUACUGGACUUUCUGGCCAUCGCAGAGCAAUCUCAUGAUAGGCAAUAUAUUUAUUUUCAAAGAGGGUUUCACUGUGAUGCAUCAUUAGGAUAUUUUACAAAGAAAUCAAAGAGUCUUGAAAUGGGUGAAGAUACUUUCCAGGGACUUCCACGGGUGCAGGAAGCCCUGCCUAUUUACACUGACGCAGGUAAAGGUAAAGGGACCCCUGACCAUUAGGUCCAGUCGUGACCGACUCUGGGGUUGCAGCACUCAUCUCGCUUUAUUGGCCGAGGGAGCCGGCGUACAGCUUCCGGGUCAUGUGGCCAGCAAGACUAAGCCGCUUCUGGCGAACCAGAGCAGCGCACGGAAACGCCGUUUACCUUCCCGCCGGAGUGGUACCUAUUUAUCUACUUGCACUUUGAAGUGCUUUUGAAUUUCUAGGUUGGCAGGAGCAGGGACCGAGCAACGGGAGCUCACCCUUUUGCAGGGAUUCGAACCGCCAACCUUCUGAUCGGCGAGCCCUAAGCUCUGUGGUUUAACCCACAGCGCCACCCGCACCCCUUAAUGACACUAGUAGGGGUCCUCAUACUGAACAUUAUACUUGGUAGCACUUUGCAUCUCUGAACGCUUUAGCCUUUCCAUUUCCUUUACUUUAUUUUGCUGGCUAUUAUAUGAAGUGCUGUAGCCAAACCAUUGAGGAAUAGGAGCUGCAUAGCUGUGCUUUGCCAUAUGCCUGCAGAAAUGUUUUGUUGUCUGUUGCACUCCCUCCCUCCCCCUUUAAUUUUUUUUAUCACCUGCAGUCAUUGGUUGGACUGCAAGACAGAGUAUUUCAGGAAACUCAGAACUUUCCCCUUGAUUCCUCAGUGUGUGUUUUGCAGGAUGAGUUGGCUCUACCUGCAUAUUCUUCUUUAAACAGAAGUUGCAACACAUAGCCCUACCCUGGAUUAGGAAAGUGGCCUAAAACUGCUGGCUAUUACCAGUGGCAAUGCUACAUGCUUUUCGCCUGCACUUCAGGCUUACAAUUGCAUCUCUCAUCUGCUUUGGGUAAAUGAUCAUGUAUGAGCGGCUAAUCCAAACGGCAAGUCCAAAUUCAGACUCUUGGAGGCGGCAGAGGCGGGGGGGAGUGAAGGAAAUACCUCCAUAGCCCCCACCACUGCUCCACUUGGGGGGGGGGGUUCCUAGAACAAACCAGCCCCUUUAUAAAUUCCAGUUUAGCAGGAAUGUGAAAUAUUUCUGUGGAACUCUAUGGUUCAUUGAAACUGUCGCUGUUCAAACCUACCUUGCUUUCAAUCUAACACAUAUUUGUAGUUACCUUGGUGGAACUAUAACGGAGAUUUGUCAGCCACUGUUAAGGAAACCUAACAUUAACAGUACAAAAGCUGAGCAAUACGAGAACUGCAGACAGCUUGUUGCACCUGCCAUUUGGAGCAUUAAAAAUAAGUGAGUUGGGAAGGCUUUAGGAGAUAGAGGAGUUCCAGAUUUCUGCAUAGCCAAAAUGUCCUUGUUCCAAACUUUACUCCUGUUGUUUAAUCCCAAAGGGGGAUGAACCCAGGAAGUUCCCCCACACCUAACACAUAUUGUUUUUUUUUCUCCUUCUAGCUAAGAAGCUGCCAAAGAGCGAGCCCCAGAGCACAGGGGGUGCCGUGGGUCGGAAUCGAGGGGUGGACCUUCACGAGCAGUCCCAGCAGAACAAGAGCCAGUGUUGCAGCAACUAAACGGUGGCAUUAAAGCAGCCGGCGAGAGAUAAGAUAUAACCUCCAUUUCCGCCCCACCACACCACACCUCACCUCCAAUAACAGCAUCGGCGCACUUGGAAGCCGCCCUCCCUCCCUCCUCCCGAGAGCUCCGUUUAACUGCACUUCUAAUGCUUCAGAAACCACCACCAGACGUCUGUUACCACCACCCCCCACGAGGAAAGUGGAGAUAGACCGACCGGGGACUUAACUUCCAAAAACAAACUCUUUCUUCACUUUGUAUUAUAGGUGCAAAUAGCUACCUAAUUACUCUGAUUCCCCUGCUCUGUUUUCUCCAGAUAACAUUUCCUCUCCUCUCUCUGCCCAACCCCUCCCUCCCCACCGCUGUCUUUGCUCUGUGUUCUUGGUCCUGUAACAUCCACCCUCUCUUUACCUCCACCUCCCUUUAUUUUGUUUAAUGCUAUGUGGGGUGGGGUGGGGAGGGUCACAACCGAGGGAGAUCUUAAUUCUUGUAGAUUCAUUUUUAAGAGCGAGGUUGAAUGGGCUCCCUCAAGAAAAUGCAUUUUUGAGGGGGUCCUCCCAGAGUUGUUUUUUAAUUUCCUUUUUUCCCGGUUUUCAGAAAAGCUGCAGUGUCCUUCAUUUAUCUUUUUUUCCAGGGCAGCCUUUUGUGGCUGGGUCGGAGAGGAAGAUUGUAUCUGAACUUUCGCUCGUGUCUUGCUUGCUAUGACCUGAAUGUGGCCCUUGGUGUCAGCGACAUAAAUCUGAGAAUCAUGCGUGUACAAGUGUAGAAUAUCGCAAUUUGUUUCCUCAGACCCUCAGAUAGCCCUUGAUUUUGAUGCCUUAGAAGUUUUGGCAGCCGGGAUAGUGUAGCGGAGGGAGAGGAGUGGCAACGUUGACCUGCAGAAGACCAGUCAAAAAGGCGAUUGUCUCUCCUCCUGUUGUGUUAAUGUUCAGGUUGCUGUUUGCAGGUUGUGCUUCAGUUAUCCAGAGUCCCAUUAAGAGAGAUUCUCUGCUCUGCUCAAAAUGGGUGUGGCCUGCUGUCUGAAAGAAGAAUGUGCAAGGGAAGUCAAGCUCCCUUUGUUCAGCUGGGAUGCAGUAGAGGAGCCUGCUGAAGUUUCCUUUUGAGAGCUUCGGCCUGCACCUGUAUGCACAGCCUUGCACGUUGCGCAGAACUUUUGUUCUAAAGUUGCCAAAAGGAGAAAGGCCAUUGGGUCCUUGGGAGAAGGCUGGGGCUGCGGGUGCAGGCAAGUCAGAAACAGGACAACAUGCUAGAUGGGAAGAGAGCUGCUAGUAGGAGGACCAGUACUGUACUUUCUAAACCCUUUUACCUGCCAGGGAGCGCCCAGCUUGCCUUUUGGCUUUUUCCUAUACCCUUGCAGAACCUCCCUGUGUACAAACCCAGUCUUGCCCUAGGAAGCUGUCGAGAGGUGGCAGUCUAGAGCGGUAGAGCAGCCCCUUCUGUCUUCAGCCUCCCUCAGACCCCAAGGGCUGUUUAAACUUGAUAAGUGUUUGUGCCCUGUUUGUGUUCAGUUUUCUCUGUAAAUAGUACAGCACAAAUUUGUAUAAAUUAAAGGGGGGGGCGGGUGGUUGCGGGAUUUUUACUUCCCUGCUAUUAGCUGAACAAAGUAAUAGCUUUUAAAAUGUAGCUGUAGAUAGUGCUGACCUGUAAAGGCGACGCAUGCUACCAUCUCUCACCCACAUUUUGCUCUCUGAAGAGCUAGCAGCAGCCCAGCAUCUCCGUUAGAAAUGGCUCCUCUUCCGAUAGUGGCCUUCACCAGGGUAAAUAGCACCUUCCCGCCUCCAUCCCUCCUGGCAUUUUUUACUUGAAGCCUCAAGCAUGAGUACAGCUUCUAAAAUGUUAAGAGUUCCACAGUGCUGUCCACAUCUUGGCAGCGAAUCAGCUGGCUACCCACAGAAGCAUCUCUUGGGUGUACUCUGUUGGCUCCCCCAUGCAGACUUCUCACAUAUGGUUGAAUGUUAUUGUGGGACAGCUUGGAACGGAUUAUGUUUAAGCGCACACACACACCUGCACAUCCUUUCCCAUUAUUUCCCUCGGCAUGGUUUGAAGCACUCUCAUUUUCCACAUGCUUGCACCUGUGGCUUGAUGCCGGUUUGCAUUUACUUGCCUCUUCCCAUUCACCAGUGCAGCUUAAAUGGCUGAUGUUCACCCAAGCAAGAUGUGUGCAUUUAGGGCUUUGCUCUUACCAUAAGUUGAUACGGUUAAAUCCUGCACUGCUGACAGCAUGCGGCGUUAUUCUGCUGCCUUUGAAAUGGCCUUCUACCGGUGGCUGUAUUUGAGCUGGGAGCAACUAAGGAAGGAGCCGGACAAAUCUGUCUACACGAGGCUUUGAGCAAGAAAACUCAAAAUCUAAGUUAACUGGAAGUAAUGUGUGCUGUGACUUGGCCCAUCCAAUUGACACACGUGCAGAGUUGCUCCACGCCGCAAUUGUGCAUGGAAUUUCUGAUGUCAGUGUUGAUAAAGACUUAUGGAGUGCCGUGGCACUUCCCCAGUAUUUAUUUUGUGAUCUCAAACUUCACUUGUGUCUCUAGAGCAGAGCUGUGUGUGAGGGAGGACCCUGAAAUGGAGCCUUGCGCCUUCAGCUGCAUUCACUGUUAAAACCUACUUCACGGAGAGUUCCAUCUUUUUGUUAUGCACAUGUAAUGUGGUGUUCGUGGCCCUCCAGAAGGACCUAGGAGCAGGAACAAGCGUGCCCUAUCCCAUUCCAACAAAACUAAGGUGCUGUUUUGCUCUCGGCUCAUGGCAAGGCAAAAAUAGAUUCUGCAUUUAAAUACCAAAAAAAAUAAAAAUCCCUAAUGCUUUCAUCUUGCUCACAAAUUUUGGUUACUGCUUCCUGGCUAGUUCCUAGACCAAGUAAGGACACUGCAACUUUUUGCUCUUAAAAACCACACCCUUUCUCUUCUGCUUACUCUACUCUUCUGAACAGUUUGGUUUUUCUUUAUUUUUUUUCUUUUGAGAAAGCUCUUACAUUGCAUUUAAAAUAACAAUCAUGGUAACAGAAUUUCAACUGCUGAUUUACCAAUGUAUUUAAUGUAAGUAAACAAAAAAAAAUCAGUGUAUU